AUGUUCGAAUUCACCGUACAAACAAAUUCAAAAAAUCUCAGAAUCUCAGGAUUUCAGAAUCUCAAAACCUCAUCACCUCAGAACUUCAGAACCUUGGAACCUCAGAACCUCAGGAUCUCAGAAUCUCAUAAUUUCAGAACCUCAGAAUCUCAGAAUCUCAGAAUCUCAGAAUCUCAGAAAAUCAGAAUCUCAGAAUCUCAAAAUCUUAGAAUCUCCGAAUCUCAGAAUCUCAGAAUCUCAGUAUCUCAGAAUCUCAGAAUCUCAGAAUCUCAGAAUUUCAGAAUCUCAAAAUCUCAGAACUCAAGAAUCUCAUCUCAGAAUCUCAGAAUCUCAGAAUCUCAGAAUCUCAAAAUCUCAGAACUCAUGGUUUCAGAACUUCAAAAUUUCGGAAUGCAAAAUUUCAGAACCUCAGAAUCUCAGAACCUCAUCACCUCAGAACCUCAGAACCUUGGAAUCUCAGAAUCUCAGAAUCUCAGAAUCUCAGAAUCUCAGAAUCUCAGAAUCUCAGAAUCUCAGAAUCUCAGAAUCUCAGAAUCUCAGAAUCUCAGAAUCUCAGAAUCUCAGAAUCUCAGAAUCUCAGAAUCUCAGAAUCUCAGAAUCUCAGAAUCUCAGAAUCUCAGAAUCUCAGAAUCUCGGAAUAUCCGAAACCCAAAAUUUCCAAAAUUUCAAAUCAGAAAUUUCGAUUUAUAA